AAGGGAACGGAACUCAUUGUCAGGCUACAGUCGCAUCAUACUUAGUUGGCACAUUACUAUAACGUUGUCGCAAAUACUUAUAUACUGCGUUUUCGCGAUCUGCCGUAUGUUAUUGUUGAAAAUAGUUGAUUGUUGCGUUAAAGUUGAUAUAAAAAGUGAAAAUAAAGCGUGAUACAAAAUAAUUUGUAUGUCUCGGAAGGCGGACGUCGUCGAUCAUGACAAGAGAAUCAGCAAGAAGUUGAGUUACUUACUUCGACAUGCAGCUGUUAAAAAAGGAUUCAACAUAAGACCCGAUGGCUUUAUUCCUGUUCAAGAAAUUUUAAAAGAAACGCCUGGUUGCACUGUAAAAGAUAUUGAAAGAGUUGUUGCUAAUAACGACAAACAGCGUUUCACAUUGAGUAGUUUUGACAAUGUUCUUAUGAUCAAAGCUAACCAAGGACACACUAUCAGUCAAGUAGAUUCGUUGAACUUAAAACUGCUGGACAGCGUGGACUUUGAUAUUGUCCAUGGAACGUAUCAUAGUUGCUAUGAAAAAAUUAGACAUCAAGGUCUGUCUCGAAUGAAGAGGAAUCACAUACACUUUGCCAAGGGUUUAAAUUUUAUUAAUGGCCUGAGGAGGAAUGCAGAGCUAUUUAUUUUCAUAAACUAUCCUAAAGCUAAAGGCGACGGAUUAAAAUUUUACAAAUCUGAAAAUAAUGUUAUUUUGUGUCCUGGAAAUUCUGAAGGUUUUGUCAAAACUAAAUACUUUUUGAAAGUAGUUACUAGAAGUGGUGAGAGUUUAUAAAUAGAUAAGGAAUUGUAUUAUUAAAUAGAACAAUGGGGAUAUGGUGUGAUUUUUGUAAAAUCACUCUCCAAGAUGACUACGCUUUUCAAGGACAUAUUCUGGGGAAAAAACAUUUGAAAAAUGAAGAAUAUGUAAAAAAUAAUAGAUCACUCGCGAAACGAUCGAUAUUCGUUUCACGAAUUCCAGCAAAUGUACCAUCGAAAACUAUACUAAACUACUUUUCCAAAUACGGAAAUAUAGCAAAUUUUAGUUUUAAAAAAAAUUAUUUAAUUCUGGAAUUUGAAAAUGAGAAUCCAGCUAAUGUUUUACUGCAAAAACCAAUAUAUUUUAGUGGAACAAGAUUAAACAUUCUACCUAGAAUUAUUCACGACAAAAGACAACCACCUAGAGAAAAUAAAUCUAAAGAAGAAGAAGCUAUCAAUGACACAGUAGAUUUGAAUUACGAAAACUUAAAAUCAAUUUUUGAAGUCGAAUCGACGUUCGACGAACAACUUGCGGUGUUCCUGGAUAAAGUUGCCAUCAAGGAAUCCGAUAUCAUAUGGCGGUAUGAACCGACAUGUGAAAAAUUAAACGAGAUUUUCCAAACUGUUUUCCCAAAAUGUAAAACAUAUAGAUUUGGUUCUACUGUGUCUGGAUUAGGAUUUAGGAAUUGUGAUUUGGACAUUUACAUCGACCCUGGUUUUCCCGUGUGUCAAGAAAAUAACAGUAAGCUGGGUCCGAAUGUCGUGACUGCAUCAGUGAUAUUUGCAGAAGUAAAGAGGAUUCUUUACGCUAGAACGUAUAUAUUUUCGAAAGUCGUUCCGAUCCCCAAAGCAAAAACUCCAAUAAUCAAAUUUUUCUACAUACCAUCGAAAACGUCGUGUGACAUCUCGUUUAAAAAUAGCUUAGCCGUGCAUAACAGUCUGUUGGUGAAACAUUGCCUAUCCCUGGAUCCGCGUCUACGACCCGCUAUGAUGGUCAUCAAGUACUGGGUUUCAAAUUUCGAGCUCAAAGGCGGUGACAAGAUGUCCAAGUACUCGCUGACGUUACUCUUCUUAUUUUACCUUCAGCAGAAAUCAGUGAAACUUGUACCACCACUGAUAGAAUUGAAGAGAAGAGUAGUACCCCAAAUAAUCGAAGGUUGGCAGGUUAAUUUUGACAAUAGCAAAUCGGCGAAUAAUGAGGAUCACGAAGGUGCCGGAAAUAGCAAGACUAUACCAGAGUUGUUGCACGGAUUCUUUGACUUUUACGCGCGUUAUGAGUUCAAACACAACGUGGUUUGUCCCAUCAACGGUCAGUCGCAUAAAAAAGUAUCGUUCAACGAUGUCGACAAUAUACCUGAAAGCAUGGAUAGGUACAAAGAAUACCUGAAAACGAAAGAGAAUCCGCUACCUUUUCCCAUAAAUAAGACAAUGUGCGUGCAGGAUCCUAAUGAAUUGAGUCACAAUGUCACGGGCAAUAUUUGCCCAAAGCAUCUCGAAAAAUUCCAAGCCUACUGUGCGGCAGCCGCGGAGAUGUGCGUUGCAGCUGCUGAGAAAAAUUACAAAGACCUUCUACCGUCGAUCUUCUCGCUGGCCAUCAAACCUCCGGCUGAGGAAUCCGAGGUUAGCUUCCUCUAUUACGCGAAAAGUUACCUUAAUGUGGGACUACCGGAAGAUUUCGAAUCAAACACCAAGAUCGCGGAUAAAACAUUGUUCAUGAACGAGAAUUGGUACAACUUGAUCACGUCUCUAACGCAGAAGUUCUUAGAAGGAAUUCUCAGACUUCAAGUCCAAGUAAUUAGCGACGAACACGAGCAGAAACAGCAGAAAGUGGAAGAGCGGUCGGACGUUCAUUCGAACAAUCAGGAUCAAAUCUUGAUGCAUUGUACAGGAGAAGAUUGUUUGUGGAGAGACAGGAAAAGCAAACUCAACGCCCUCGAUCCAAGUAUGCAUUUACUCGACAAAGAAAUCCAGCUCACGGAGAAGAUGUACAAGGAGUUAAGCGAGAAGAACAUGCUGCAAAAAAUGAAAAUCGACUUCAAUUUUCGGAUCUGGAAGAAGGGCGGCGAGAACGUCCACGUGAUCGUGACUUUGACGAACAACUACAGUGCAGAAAAAAUAUUUCCCCAUCUCGCGGCUUACAUAAAGAACAAAUUGCCGCACGUGUUGACCAAGACAUUGGCCCACAUGCAACAAUUCAAAAAGACGCCCAUUACCGAGCCCAUUACGGAGCCCAUUGCCGACUGAAUCGCAUAAUAAAUUGUAAAUACGAAGUGCGCAAUGCGCCGUUUUUUAAAAUACUUUCUAUAAAUAUUUGUACAGAGUAUUUAGUCGCUACUUGAAUAAAUUUUAUCAGACCUCGUCAGAUGUAUCUGAUUUUUAGAUGAAAAAGAUACUACCUCUCUGCAGAGGAGUAUUUUGCGCAAACUUUUCUUCCCGACUCCGUCGGUUUAUCCAUCAUUCUUAUGUAAGCGACGAUAUUAAAUGAAACACUUUAUUGAAGCAAA